AUGGGUGCUAGAGAGAAUCCCGCUUUGCUCACCUUUUGCCAGGCCCUGGACUCCCUCACCCAUUCACAGUUACAGCAGAUGUGGAGCAACGCAUGUUACGUGAUUGAAGCUCUGGCGUUUUUAGUCUUCAGGAGGUCUUCUGACUGCAGUGUUGAGGACACCACACGUCCACCUGCUGAUAUCCCUUUUUCUCAAACCUUUCCACUCCCUGACUUACAACCUCACAGAGUGGCCCGAAGGGACACCCUGAACCUCAACGAGCUCGUGUGUAACUACAACAGCUGGUUAGAGGACAAUGUGGUGGACGUGGUGCAUGUGUCACUGUGUAGUGAUAACAAACGCGAGGAAUUCGUGACGCACGUGUGCAACAAUGCUUUGUUAAUGGAGAAGCUACUUUUAGACAAGGCGAACAGCUGGCUGUGGAAUUACUGUGCCAGCUACUCUGCAGGCCGUCAGUCUAUGUCGAGUCAGCUCUGUCAUUAUGACCAAUGGCUAGCUCAGUACAUAGUCCCAAACUCGUCCCUCCUGGCCUUCUGCUUGAGUGUAGAUGGUCAUGCUUUGAAGUCACGCAUAUGUGGAAGCAUUGUUUUCUUCUCCCUGGUGUUUUCCAACAUUAAUAAUAUGGCGCUCAUGCCUAACUGCUCCGACAUCCCGCCACCGUCAGGCCCGAACAAAACGGUCUCAGUGUCAGAGUCGUGUCAGUACUCACAGUGGCACGAUGUGACGCUGAUUAGUAUUGAUGAUUUGAGCUUAUGUAUCCAACUUGAUCCUGUCAAUUUUGCAAAAGAGGUGUGUGCGAACAAAACACUUCUGACUAAGCUGAUACAAAAUGAGGCAAACGCCUGGCUUCAACAACACUGCAGCACCAUCUCAAUGCCAUUUGAACCCACGGAGCCACCUUUUAUCUUUAGUAUUUCUGAGUGGUGUGACUACCAUACGUGGGCAGGACGGUUGGUGGACACAUCAGUUAUCGGCUUGUGUUGGCAGAAUGAUAAGGCUGCUUUUGAGAAAAAUAUCUGCUGUAAUGAGACUUUACUGGAAAAGCUGUUGCAAGACUCUCAGAAUGAAUGGCUGGAAUCAGUUUGUGCUGGCAAGGACACAGAGGUGGACCAUCAGGUUUGCAAUUACUCAGAGUGGAACCAACCCAUUGUAAUCGACAUGGCUGACCUGGCUCUCUGCUCUGAGAUCGACCCUCUUAACUUCACCUCAAAAGUGUGCUCGAAUGCAACAAUUCUGCAGAACCUGUUGGUCAAUCUGGACAACACAUGGUUGCUACAGCAUUGUGCCAACUAUUCAACUACUGGUGUCUCCUUCAGACCGGCAGAGCAGUGCCAGUACUCCAGCUGGUCUACCAACCUUCCCAAUACAACUCUCCUGGCCUUGUGCUGGGAUUACGACCAGGCCAAUUUUGUCUCAUCUGUUUGCCCUAAUGCAGGUCUUCUCUCUUUGCUAGCUGAAAAGCAAGCAACCAUGUGGGUGAGAACACUGUGCAACAUUUAUGGCAAUUACAACACUGCCAACAACGCUACUACCAAUAGCACCACCAACAACACAACUACAGAGCCUUACUUUUGUGUGGUGGCAAACCUGGUGAAACGGUUGAACUGGACCUGCUCUGCUGACUUCACCUCAGCCUGCCAGCCUGGCACCAGUCAGGACAUGGCUGUGCAGAUGAUAUUGCGCUGCUGGCUGGAGGUUCUGACUUCAAGGGUGGAAGAUCUGCUGACACCACCUGUGGCUGCAGUGUUGGAGCAGGCAGUUAGUGCUACUGUGGUGAUCCUGUUGAAUGUGGAGGAGGUCCAGAAUAUAUCAUUCCAUGUAACAGAGAACAUAAGACUCAGUCUGCUGCGAUCUGUAGUUAAGUAUCUGGAUAAGGAGACCAACAUUGAGAAAAAGAGGGUCUUACUACAAUGCUUUGGGAGAGUAUUGACUAGCAUGAUGCACACAGCAAGAGACAUAACAACGGAUGAGUAUGUCAUCAUUAAGGAGUACUUUCGUUUACCUUUGGCCAUCCUGAGGCCGGUGCUCAGUAUGUCUCACGUCACCACUGUCAGACUGAUCCUUCAGUACUACAGCCGAAACAAAGACAGACUGCAGUUGUCAGAUGAGUAUUUGUCCACCAUGGUGUCCGUGGUGCUCCAGACACACGUGGUGAAGGACGGCAGUCUGUUGUCGGAGCUGGAUGAGUUGUUGGUUGCAGCCAGUCCAGCUGAUAUCAGAGCUUUGCCUCCACUGCAGACUAACGCUAACGUGAGGGAAACGAUAAACAGAAACUUGCAGCACAUGUCUCCAGAUCAACAGUGGGCAUUUGGCUGGUGGUACAGCAAUGCUCUGGACGGCGAUGACAUCGUCAGAGGUCACCUAUCACUCAUUCGGGACACUGGAAACCUGAUCGCCUACCUGCCCUUCUACAACUUCCAACACCUCUCGGCUGGUCAGGUAACAGCCCCGUGA